AUGUCUGACUGGUCUGAUCUUACCGCGGCUCUCAAAGGAAGCUUGGACAAGCUUUCCAAGCUUCUCCAAUCCGAUGCACAGCUCAAAGCCUUUACAACUUCGAAUGCCAUUGACAAAGAUGUGACUUUCGGCAUCAAGUCAAGCGGGUCUGACAACACCCUGCUUGUCAUAGUCAACAACGGCAGCGCAAAAGCCAGCACCGGCUCUUCGAAAGAUGCCAUUUUCACGCUCUCUGCUCUGCCCGAGCAAUGGGAACAGCACUUCAAGGCAGUCCCGGCGAUGCCGUACCAGAGCUACUGGGGCAUGUUCGGCAUGAACAUCAAACAGAAAGGCAUUGAAGUCCUGGGCGACCAGACAGCCUUUGCACAAUGGACACAUGUCUGGAGGCGUGUCCUCGAACUCACCCACGACGCGCAUUGCGGACCGAUGAAGGAGGACGAGCAAGCCGAACCCGAGCGCGACUUCCUUACUGGAAAGUACCUGUACCUCGAAGCUCCAGUAUGGGGUAGGUGCAAAACCUUUUACGAGUACUCUGGUGAGGGAAAGCAACCCAUCGUCUUUCUACAUACCGCUGGCAGCGAUAGCCGGCAAUACCACGGUGUCAUGAACGACGCGAAGAUGCGCAAGAAGUGCAUCAUGUACGCAUUCGACUUGCCAGGACAUGGACGCAGCUUCCCUUCGAAAAACUACUCCCCGGGCGCGCAUACAAACACAGAGGAUAGCUACGUGGGCAUCAUCACGGCUUUCGUUAAGGCCCUGGGUCUGCGAAGACCGAUCAUUUGCGGCGCAAGCAUGGCUGGUCAAGUUUGUCUUGCGGUCGCGAUUCGCCAUAGGGAGGUUGGCGCUGCGGGUGUCAUUCCGUUGCAAGGCUCUGAGUACCUCAACAUGGAGCGACAAUGGCAUGAUCGCUCUCCAGUAGUGAAUCAGUCGCUAUUUAACCCUGAAUGGAUCUAUGGCAUGAUGUCUCCCACCACGCCUCAUGCGAACAAGCAGCUCAUAUGGCACACAUACAGCGCGCAAGCCUACGGCAUCUUCCACGGCGACCUCGACUUCUACUUUGGAGGUUGGGACGGACGUUCACGCGUAGCCUCGAUCGAUACCCAGAACUGUCCCGUAUACAUGUUGACCGGCGAGUACGAUUGGUCAAACACCCCAGAGAUGGGCCAGAAGACGGCGGACAAGAUCCCCGGAGCGAUGCACAAGGCGAUGCCGGAUCUCGGUCAUUUCCCGGCGACUGAAAAUCCGGCGAAGUUCGUGCCGCAUCUUAUUGAGGCGGUUGAUCAUAUAUUGAAGAUAAGGUCGGAUAAUUUGAGUACUAUGCGGUUGGGUGAUGGUACGGAUUAG